UAAGGCCAUACAAAUACAAAUUCUACGCAGAAGUUCUCUAAACAUAUAUCACUGUUUCUCCAUGGCCACUCCUUUAGCUUCCUCUCAAAAUCUAUCUGUCUUUCUCAACAAAAAUCACUGUCGCUCAAAACAACUCUUUCUCCAUACAUUUCCCAAUGGAGUCCAAACCAAUCGGAUUCAUUAUCGAUAUAAUUUACGGAAAUCUUUCAUGCCCACUAGAGUUAUUGAGCCCAAUUCAAGGUUCUUGCCGAUGGAGCCUCAAGAGACUUGCUCUACUCGAAUUAUUUCCACCAACUCCAUGAGUUCAGAUGGCACUGCUGCCUCUUCCACUCUUUCUCAAUCUGUGUUCCAAAUUUUACAUCUACUUGUUUCGCUUGGGAUUAUUCUUGCAAUGGAUAAGUUAUUGAAAAAGGCAUUUGUGGCUGCUGCUAUCAAGUUCCCAAGUGCUUUAUUUGGCAUGUUUUGCAUAUUCUCAGUUCUAUUAAUCCUUGAUUCUACCAUUCCUGCUGCUGCAACAAGCUUGAUGAACUUCUUCCACCCGGCACUUAUGUUCAUACAGAGAUGGCUUCCAUUGUUCUAUGUUCCCUCAUUAGUUGUUUUGCCUCUUUCUGUAAAAGAUAUCCCUGCAGCUUCAGGCGCCAAGAUUUGCUUCAUCAUUGCUGGAGGCUGGUUUGCUUCACUGUGUGUUGCAGGAUUCACAGCUAUUGCUGUAAGGAAAAUGGUGAAAACAGAAAUGACAGAUGCUGAGCCUACGGCAAAACCUUCUCCAUUUUCUUCAAUAGAAAUAUGGUCUUGGAGUGGGAUCUUCCUUAUAUCAUUUGUUGCUGCACUAUUUUAUCCAACUUCACUGGGGACUGCUGCUCGGACGUGCCUUCCUUUUCUUCUAGCAUCCACUGUGUUAGGCUACAUGGUUGGUUCUGGGCUGCCUUCUAGUGUGAAGAAGGUUUUCCAUCCUAUCAUUUGUUGUACACUUUCUGCAGAAUUAGCCGCAGUGGCUUUUGGAUAUCUUUCUCGAUCUGGACUUGAUCCUGUUCUAGGAUAUUAUCUUACAAAAGUGUCUUCUAAUCCUGGAGCCGGUGAUGUACUGAUGGGAUUUUUGGGUUCUGUUAUUCUUUCUUUUGCCUUCUCAAUGUUCAAGCAAAGAAAGCUAGUCAAGAGACAUGCAGCUGAGAUUUUCACAUCUAUCAUUCUUUCAACAAUUUUCUCAUUAUAUUCAACUGCUCUUAUUGGACGUCUUGUUGGGUUAGAACCAAUUUUGACAGUAUCUAUUCUGCCCAGAUGUAUUACUGUUGCAUUAGCUCUCAGCAUAGUAUCAUUAUUUGAAGGCGCUAACUCAUCCAUUACAGCAGCCGUUGUUGUAGUAACUGGUCUUAUUGGAGCAAACUUUGUGCAAACAACACUUGAUAAAUUAAAGUUUCAGGAUCCUAUUGCUCGAGGAAUAGCAACCGCUUCUAGUGCUCAUGGACUGGGAACAGCAGCAUUGUCAGCUAAGGAGCCUGAAGCUCUACCAUUUUGUGCCAUAGCUUAUGCUCUUACUGGUAUAUUUGGCUCAUUACUUUGCUCAGUUCCAGCAGUUAGGCAAAGCUUACUUGCAAUUGUUGGAUAAAUGCAUUCAUUAUUUUGGCUAUUCUCAUCCUCUCAGAGCAUUAUUUAGCAAGUCUUUACUCUUUAGAGAAUAGCCGAUCCCUAUUAUUGGUAGAUAAGGUGCCUGGUGUAUAUUUGUUAAUAUUAACCUGGACAUAAAAGCUAGCCAAUUUUCUAGCAAUGCAUCAAUUUAUUUAUUUACUUA